CAAAAAUUCAAAAUCUUUCCCAUGUCUACAUUACACCACGUUGCUACAUUGGAACCCAUCAUCCUAAAUUCUUCUCCUUCGUCGUCUUCUUCUCUCGUCUCCCUCUCUCCCUCUCUGCAACUCCUCGUUGCACCAUCACUUACAAGAAAUAAUCUCUAGAUUAAAAAAAACGAUAUUUCACAAGUUUUUCAUAAUCCUGAUUCUCUACCGAGAAAAUGCACUUUCUUAGACUUCUUUCACUUCUAAUUUCUUCCUUCUUCCUCUUCAUCAGCUUAUCCUCUUCGCUAAAUCACGAUGGUUUGUCUCUUCUUGCUCUCAAAUCCGCCGUCGAGAACGACCCGACCCGUGUGAUGACUUCCUGGUCCGAGUCCGACCCAACUCCGUGUCACUGGCCUGGAAUCGUCUGCACUCGCGGCCGAGUCACCUCUCUCGUUCUCUCCGGAAGAAGAAUAUCGGGUUACAUUCCCUCUGAACUCGGGCUACUCGACUCGCUCGUAAGGCUCGAGCUCGCUCGUAACAAUUUCUCGAAACCCGUUCCGACUCGUCUCUUCAACGCCGUUAACCUCCGUUACAUCGAUCUCUCUCACAACUCAAUCUCGGGCCCAAUCCCGGCCCAAAUUAGAGCCCUGAAGAAUCUCACUCAUCUCGAUUUCUCCUCCAAUCUCCUGAACGGGUCACUCCCCGAGUCACUCACUGAUCUCGGAAGCCUCGUCGGCACACUAAACCUCUCUUACAACCGAUUUUCCGGCGAAAUUCCACCGUCGUAUGGCCGAUUCCCGGUUUUCGUCAGCUUAGACAUAGGCCACAAUAAUCUCACCGGAAAAAUCCCUCAGACAGGCUCUCUAUUAAACCAGGGACCAACCGCGUUCGCUGGAAACUCUGAUCUCUGUGGUUUUCCUCUACAGAAGCCAUGCAAAGACCCUAAGCUCGUCUCUCCCAAACCGGAAGGCUCGCAAAUCCUCCAGAGAAAACCAAACCCUAGCUUCAUCGACAAGGACGAAUCAAAGGAUAAGCCGAUCACCGGAUCCGUGACGGUUUCCCUAAUUUCCGGAGUCUCCGUCGUAAUCGGAGCGGUGUCUCUCUCCGUAUGGCUGAUUCGAAGAAAACGGAGCUCCAUCGGAUGCAAAUCGGAGAAAUCCACGACAGAGAAGAACACGGCGGCGCCGAUGGAGUUUGAUGAGCAGGAGGAAAGUAAAUUCGUGGCGAUAGACGAAGGAUUCGAGCUCGAGCUCGAGGAUUUGCUGAGAGCAUCGGCUUACGUUGUUGGAAAGAGCAGAAGUGGGAUUGUGUACAGAGUAGUAGCCGGGAUGGGGUCGGGUACUGUGGGGGCGACGUUUUCAACACCCACCGUCUUCGCCGUAAGAAGGCUCAGCGACGGAGACGCCACGUGGCGGCGGAGGGAUUUCGAGAAUGAGGUGGAGGCGAUCGGUAGGGUUCACCACCCGAACAUCGUACGGCUAAGAGCUUAUUACUAUGCUGAGGACGAGAGGCUCUUGAUCACCGAUUACAUACGCAAUGGAAGCUUGUACUCUGCUUUACAUGGUAAUGGAGGAGGACCUUCGAGUACUCUGCCUUCACUCUCUUGGCCUGAAAGGUUACGUAUUGCACAAGGAACUGCUCGCGGGUUGAUGUAUAUACACGAGUACAGCCCGAGAAAGUAUGUCCAUGGCAACCUAAAAUCAACCAAAAUCCUGCUCGAUGAUGAACUACAGCCUCGCAUCUCAGGCUUCGGCUUAACACGUCUAGUCUCAGGUUACUCAAAACUUACCGGUUCGGUAUCCUCCAAAAGGCAAAGCCUAGACCAAACCUUUUCAACCUCCGGUGCAGUGGUGACACGAAUCACAGCUCCCUCAAUUGCUUACCUUGCACCCGAGGCUCGAGCUGCUUCUGGUUGCAAAUUAUCUCAGAAGUGCGAUGUUUAUUCGUUCGGGGUUGUCCUAAUGGAGUUGUUGACUGGUCGGUUACCAAAUGCUUCCUCUGUAAACAAUGGCGAGGAACUCGUGCGUAUUAUGAGGAAUUGGGUUAAGGAAGAGAAGCCGUUGGCUGAGAUUUUAGACCCGGAGAUUCGAGACAAAGGUUAUGGAGAUAAGCAAGUCAUUGCAGCCAUUUAUGUCGCCUUGAACUGCACGGAAACGGAUCCAGAGGUUCGUCCUAGGAUGAGAUCAGUGUGUGAAAAUCUCGGCCGAAUCAAAUUAGACUGAGCAAGUUCGAAAUAACUAAGAAAGUAAGAAUUUUGGCAUAUCCGUUGAGUGUAAAAUUCAUGCACACGACAUGUUUUGCUUCUGUAGGAGUUUUUUUUUGCCAUGUCGUAGGGCGUAGGGUUCCUAAUCAUCAGGUGAUCUCUCCUUAUGUUAUCAAUUUGUCAGCGAUUUCUUGCGGCGUAAGAAAGUAGUUUAUUGUUUCUUGGUUUUAGCCUUUAUCUUCUUCUAUAAUCUAAAAAAUGUCAAAUUACGUAA